CAAGAGGUCGAAGAUAUGUUUAGGCGACGAGAGUGAGUAAUUUCGUAAGACCUGUAAAAAGCAAAUCCUUGGCUCGUAGCUUCCGUGGCGAAGGUUCUUGAAGAAACUGAUUUCUUCAAAGCUAUAAAUAGGACUCGGUUUCAAAUUUUCUUUCGUCGUCUUGAUCUCUAACUUUCGAACUCUCUCUUACGCAAACUCAACGUUAACACGGCAAGCGAAGUUGAAUCGGAGCUCCGAAGAUAUACUCGGAUCUACUCGGGAUUCGCUUUUCCGAGUUGGCGACCGGGACGUCUCCCCGCAGAUUGAAAGUGCUUUAGCUUAUUGCCAGCUUCUAGGUAGUUCAUAUUGUUCAUCCCAAGGAUCCAAUGGGGGAAGUGGCUAUGGAAAUUAAGCAUUUUGAGGCUCAACAAUUUGUGCUGGAAGACAUCCAAUAUACAACUUGUAAAAGUAAUGGAACAGAGGCUAUGUGCUCUAAACGGUCCAAUCAAGAAUGCAUACUUGCAGACGGGUCAACAGGUUCUGCACACACUGCUGAAGUAUUGGAGAAAGGAAUUUUGCAAUACGGAUGUUUGCAUUAUCGUAGAAGAUGCCGCAUUAGAGCUCCUUGUUGCAAUGAGAUAUUUGAUUGUCGUCACUGUCACAAUGAGGCAAAGAAUAACAUUAAAAUUGAUCACAAGCAUAGACAUGACAUUCCACGCCAUCAAGUGAGACAGGUGAUAUGUUCACUCUGCGGCACUGAACAAGAGGUUCAACAAGUAUGUAUUAAUUGUGGUGUAUGCAUGGGGAGAUUCUUCUGCGAGACUUGCAAAUUGUUUGAUGAUGAUACAUCUAAGGCACAGUAUCAUUGCCAUGGCUGUGGAAUUUGCAGAAUUGGAGGGCGUGAGAAUUUCUUCCACUGCUACAAGUGUGGUUGUUGCUACUCGAUGCUUUUGAAGAACAGCCACCCUUGUGUAGAAGGAGCCAUGCAUCAUGAUUGCCCUGUUUGUUUUGAGUAUUUAUUUGAUUCAAGAAAUGAUGUGACUGUUUUGCCAUGUGGACACACCAUCCACAAAAACUGCUUGAAGGAGAUGCAGGAUCAUCUUCAAUAUGCUUGCCCUCUCUGCUCCAAGUCUGUUUGUGACAUGUCCAAGGUAUGGGAGAAAUUUGACAUGGAGAUUGCAGCUACCCCAAUGCCAGAAUCUUAUCAAAAUAAAAUGGUUUGGAUCCUUUGCAAUGACUGUGGGAAAACAUCAAAUGUGCAGUUCCAUGUAGUGGCUCAGAAAUGCUUGAACUGCAAAUCCUACAACACUCGCCAAACAAGGGGCUGAGCAAGUGAGAGUGGCUAGAAUGGACUGGAAAAGGCAAUGACAUCUACAACUGUACUCAAAUGAAUGCCAAGUAAUCGGGUUUUUUCAAACCGAGCUGCAUUCAUGAGUAAAGGGAAUCGUGAUAUUUCUUGGUCCUGCAUCUUGUUCUCUGCCGGGAGAUCUGUCACGAUCCACCCUAUCCUGUGGCGUGUUCUCUGCCAGGAGAGCUGUCGUGCUCCGCUUUCGUACUCCUUGUGUCCUAAAUUGUUUUUUCCUUUUUUGUCUUUUGGCUGUCUCAUUGUAUUCUUGUAACUCAUAAAACCCCAUCUGAGGUGAUCAUGCACAGACAAUGUUGUUUUACUCUCUUAUGGUGAUCUUGAAGAGUUACUUUCUUGAUCAUCCUCAGUCGUCAUGCCCUACAGACCUAGGAGAUUUGUCACAGCAUCCUGUAGAAGUGGGGUUAACUGGCAAUCUCAGUCCCACCUGUGAAUAUAUGUGAAUAAAGUCGUUUGUAUUUUGAGUUUGUGGA